UUGUAGCACCUGGUGGUCAAAGCUACAUUCUCGGAUUAGAACAUCAUGAAAAUGUCUGUUAUUUAUUUUGUGUUUGUUUUUAUGUGUUGCUUUACUUUCUUAGUACUUUGCUUGAAGUCAACGACAUUCAAUAAGCAUCUCUCUGUCUCUCUCUUUCUCUCUGGUGAACGAAUGCUGUACAGGAGGAAAAUAAGAGUUCCAAUUCAAUCUCCAGUAAGGUUUCUUUUGCAGAAAGAAGUCAAGAGUGGUCGGCUGUAUUUUUUCUCUCUUUGAAGUGACGUGCAUGUUACACAAGAGGAAAGUUUGGUACCUCGUCUUCUCUCACUCCCUCGCUCGCUCUCUCGCCUGCUCUGUCUCUCGCUCGUCACGUAAAGACGUGCAAAUCGAUUUUCUCCACGUUUGCUCCCGACAUGAGCUCAUUUAACUAAUGGAAUAAAAAUUUUAACUCACAGACCUACGGGCGCAGUUAGAAAAUCCUCCUUUCACUUGCUGAGUUUGUUUGAACGAAAGCCUUCCUCGGCGAACAGACAGACACGCACCCGCGGACACGCACAAGUGAACGACUGAAGGACAGACACCACGGAUAGACAAUUCAUUUACUUGCAGGUACAGACAAACAAGCAAAUAGGAAUAAGACAGAAAGAGAAAGAAGAAUAUAGUAACCACACCUUUUUUUUCAUAUUUCGUAAAGUCGAUCGUCUAUAUUUAUAAGUAGGUAGAAUUUAUAAGUAGUGGCUUCAGCCGUGCCGAACGCUUGAAAAAAAAUCUUUAAAAAAUCCCUGGAAAAGUUUAGCAGAGUUUAAACAAACAAUCGCCGACUCCUUGCAUCGCAUGCACCAAGACAUGGAGGGUCGAAUGUAGGGGCGGGGAAGAGAAGACAGACGAAGUGGAAUUUGAUGAAAAAUAAACCCCCGCAAGGACUUCUUCCCCUCCACCCAAAGGACCGCAGAAGCAAGGACCGUACAGCUCAGUAACCAUGGUUUCAGUAGACCCAGGGUCUGGACCGCGCGGGUGUAGGAGAAACAUGAAGGAGCACGGCUUACUCCACGGAGGAGGAGAGUGGCGGCGCGAGGGAAAGGCAUGAUCGAACCCCACCUCUACCACCUCCACUACAACCACCUCCACCACCACCACUUCACCACCACCACCAUCACCACCACCACCACCACCAGAGAAACGAAGGACACGACGAGACGGAGGUAUGAAGGCGGCUUUGAGGCUGCUGCCCCCGUGGCUGGUCCAGCGCUCCGGCGUGCGGGCAGCCCUCCUCCCCUCGGAAGGAGAAGCAGACUUCACGGCACGAGAUGCGCCGAUAUGUGCUGGCUGGCACUCGCACACCGCCAUUGAUCCCAGGACUAGCGUCGUGGAGAGUGUGAAGGCCGUGUAAGCUCGCUGGCCAUCCCCAAGUUCCGACGCAAGACGAGAACGGAAGGGAGUGAGCGAGCGAGCGCGCGCAAGAGAGAGAGAACCCACACACGCGCGUGCGCACUGAUAACUAUUCACACGAGGAAUAUUUACAUCGACAACCGCUCACAGGUUGAAAAGAAGAAUUUAUUCGUACUUCUGUGACGUAAUCAACGGUUCUUUUUUAUUUUUAUUUGUUGGCUGUAAUAUCUGCGCUUAGUGACUCCCAUUAGAACCAAAUCGCAAUUUUAUUUAUUUUUUCUUUCUUCUUCUUUUUUUUUAUUUACUGAUUGCGUGUGCGUGGAGUGUUUGGUUUGGAGCUGUGGCUUCUUACAGCCGCUUUGGACAUAAUUCGACACCUGCUUCUGCAGCUUGUGACGGUUCUUCCAAGAAAGGCAAUCGCAGACGUGGAGCAAUGUUGCUUGGAUUGAGAACCAGGCAGGCCACAGCCAGUGGAUUCUGUGGAUGCAAUGAAUCAAAGCCGAAAUUUUCAGGUAAGGUGGCAGUUUGUGAUGUCACUUUCAUGAUGGAAUAUAUAUUUGUACAAUUGUGAUAAAAUUCUUCUAAUCUUUCAAGGUUUUCAAGUGGAUGAUAUUCACGUGUAAGCAAAUGCUUUUAUCUGUAUACAAGUGGGAAGAAGUAAAACAUUCUCGUAGUACUCUAACCGAGCAGCGAUGCAGACUUAUUGGUGAAUUGUGAAUUUAAUUUAAAAUUAGUACGAAUGCGAUAGAGUAAUAUCCACCCAGUCAGCGACACCAAGUGUUUGUGGAGACCUGGAGUACGUGGGUACGUGGCAAGACGUGACACAACGUCAAAAGCCUUGCGCGUAUCUAACCGCUAGGCCAUCAGACCAUCGGGAGCUCGGAAUAUGUUCAUCGGGGACAACUGUCAAGCUGAAACCUUUUCUGGAGAAGCUUAUGAUCUGGCGAUGAGAGACUGAUAUCUGUGUGAAGAGCGAGCAUCCGAACUUGAGCCACCCUCAGGGAAUAUGUGUACUUGUAAUGGAGACCGACUCGCCCUGAUGUGUGCAGAGGUCCCGGCCUGCAGCACUUUCUGUGAGAGUCCGGCACCAGCCGCCGCAGCCGCAGACCGCCCAGCGAUGUGAUGGUGUCCGUCCCAGGAGCUAUGAGGCAGCCUGUUCACGUGGAAGCCAGGGCACCGCGCGAAGGGCACGGGGCACGGGCCGGGCGCAGGGCACGGGCAGCAGCAUGGCGCAGGUAACAGUGCGCGAUCUGCUGCUGGUCGUAGGGGUCGCCCUCAUCGUCCUGGGAGUCUGCACCACGAUGCGCACAGCCACGGUGGUCAACAUCACAGCCGUGUUCGAGGAGGAAGACUUCGAAGACUUCCAGGCCGUCUUCUACCGCACUCUCAACGACUUCAACAACGCCAGCAAGGAUAUCCGCUGGUUCGGACAUGCCGUCGUCGCCAACCAGGAUGUGAAGGAGACCAUCUCCGCCGUCUGCAACCUCAUGGAGGGCCGUCGCAGCUCCUUGCAUGUACUCAUUGUGUUUGGCAACGUCUCGACCAUCCAGACGAUGAACAUGUUGUCGCAGACCCUAGGGAUUCCCAUGAUGGGCUACAUGACCAACAAAGGCGACGGGUACAUUCAGGUGCACAACCCCUUCUACCUUAGUCUACAGCCUGCAAACACCCACAUGGCCAGGGGACUGGUGAGUCUUCUAUCUGUCAACUACUGGUACCGGCUGACCAUGGUGGUAGAGAGCGAACUUCGUUAUGACGGUUUUCGCGACACUUUCCGCCGUCUGACCAAGACAGACAAGUGGCAGAUCGAGGAUGAGCUCUUCCUGUCGAGAGGUCUGUCGGACGAGGCCAUCAAGCGCUCCCUGCAGGCGCUGAACCCAAACGUGUCCAGGAUCUUCGUGUUGCACUCCAGCGCCGCCAUGGCGCACAGACUGCUGGCUCUCGCCCCGAGCGUUCUCAACUCACACAAACAGUUUGCGUGGAUCGUCACGGGUAACGCCUACACCCGCAACGAGAAAUUCCUGCGGAAUUUCCCCCUCGGGACCAAAGCCUUCUUGAUGAACCAAGACGUCCGGAUGGAGGAGCUUCUCAGGGAUACUCUGGACUUUAUCCUGGCCGCCUUUCAGGAGAACCAGCAGCUGUAUCUGUCCAAGGCGACCUGGCUGCAAAGAAGCUGCUGGUCUCUCAACGGGAAUCCACCCUUGCCGCAUAACAACGAAGUGUACAAUGCACUCAGAAAGACAGUCAUGCACGGACUUACUGGAGAAAUGGAGUUUGACGAUGAUGGCUACAUGAACAUCUCCACCUUCAGAGUGCGCAAUCUUGUCUUCGACGGCCGCGAGAAGGUGUGGCAGGAUGUCGGCUGUGUGCAGGGCCGAGAGGUUCGUCCUUUUGGCAUCAUCUGGCCCGGAGACGCCAAGAGUCUCAAGUCUCCGACGGAAGGGAGGAAGCGAUACCGGGUGGUGACCAACCCCGUGCAACCUUUCGUGAUGACCGAGGCGCCGCAUAAGGAUUAUGGCGAGUGCAUAACGGAUACCCCGUGCCUGAACCUGACCUCCAAGCAGAAGAAUCAAGAGCAUGUCCUCAGUGCCAUCGCAGCGUAUGAGAGUGGUUUGGGAAACACCAGUGGUUUGUACAGUAUUCAGUGCUGCAGGGGCCUGACGAUAGACCUGCUCAACAAGCUGGCCAGCGAUCUGGACUUCGACUUCACGCUGUACAUUGUACAGGACGAACAGUACGGCCAAUGGAAGAAUGAGACGUGGACCGGCAUCAUCAAGGACCUCGUCGACCACACGGCGCACUUUGCUGUGGCUGCCUUCAGCAUCACACGCGCACGACAGAAAGUCAUAGACUUCACCCACCCUUACUUCUUCUCCGGCUUUUCGGUGCUUUAUUCUGACAGAACCCGGGAGACCAGCAUGCUGGCUUUUCUUGAACCCUUUGAUACUUCUGUGUGGUUCGCCAUCUUCGUCAGUGCAAACUUCACAGCCGUGGCGAUGGCGUUGUUCGAGUGGAACAGCCCAUUCGGCCUUAACCCCUGGGGCCGGAAGCGGAAGCAGAACUACUCCUUGGCUUCUGGUCUCACUAUGGUAUUCUCGGUGUUGUUCGGUCACACUGUGAAAACGAAAUCCCCCAAAGCGUGGCCGAGCAAAGUAAUGCAGAAUUUUUGGGCUUUCGCGGCCAUUUUUAUCAUCGCUUCCUACACUGCCAAUCUGGCGGCUUUCAUCGCCGGCAAGCACGCAGGGAUCUAUUACAACGACAUUAAAGAUCAUAGGUUACUGUCCAUUCGGAUUGGCACACUGCAGGGAAGUGCUGUGGACGAUUUCUUGAGGCGCCUUCAGUCGAAGCUGUAUGAUGUCUCCAAUAGAAACCUCGUCCCCAAGACAGACGUGGGCAUCGACUGGGUCAUAAAAGGACGACUAGAUGCCUAUCUGGGGGACUAUCCCAUUUUGGAUUAUGCACGCGCUCACCUCGCGCCUUCCUGCGAGCUCAAACUCAUCUCCAAGAUUUUUGGCGAUGAUCAGUAUGGUCUUGGUCUUCCAAAGAACUCUCCUCUUAAAGCAGCCCUGAGCAAAAAGAUCCAGGAGUACCACGAGACUGGCUACGUGGACGACCUCAAGGAUGUGCAUUUCGCCGACGCCCACUGCUUCAAGAAGCGCAUCUCCGAGGAGGACUCCAAGCUGGAGGUUGGCCACCAUGCCGGCCUCUUCGUCAUGUUGUGUGUGGGCUUCGGUGUGGGGCUCUUAACUCUGGCCCUCGAGUAUGUCAUCUUCAAGUGGCUGGUGCCCUUCAUCAGGGAAGCCCCGAGCACCAGCAUUUGGAAGAGCGUCCACCUGAUGUUUUUCAGCCAGCGCCUACACCGCAUCAUCACAAGCGUGGAGUUGGUGUCUCCGCACGACUCCGCUCGUGAGAUGCUUGGCAUUAUGCGCAACAGAGACUUUGCCAGACUCUUCCAGAAAAGUACCAUCAGGAAAAACAAACUUGCAGAAAAUGCGAAGGCUAAGCGUUUGAACAGGAACUUUUAUGAUAUCGUGGAAAAAGCGAAAUGGCUGCAAGACAUGAAGGACAGCGGUCUGAUGGACGACUCAACCCUGGACUCCCCGACCAUCAUCGAGAUCCCCUUGAAGGAUCUUGGCGCCAACGUGGACUUGGAGCAGGCGAGGCAGGCCGAGGCAGCAAACUCUCCUGGCCGAAAAGGCAGCACAGACAGCCACCAUGCAAACAAGAUGACAGAAGAGGAAGAGGAGGAGGAAGAGGAAGAGGAGGAGGACAAGUCUGACCAGUGUUUGCUGGGCGACCCGGCCAGACGACAGGAGACAGGGGACAAGUCUUGCAGCUACUCGGACCUUCUGAACAAACUCCGCUCACUCGACGCUGGGUCGGGCUCGUCUGGCGGCGACUCACCUCGCGUGCGAAGCAUGUCAGCUGGUGCUGCCUCGCCCAGACCCUGCUCAUCGUCAUCCUCGUCGUCACCGUUCAACGGAGCCGUGGCCAGAAGGCCUCAAGUCUCGGCCCCUAAGCCCGCGCUGGCCGCGGCUCGUCGAAGCCCGCCCCUGCACGCCAGUCCCUCCAGGGUUCGGUUCUCAGACUCUCUUCCCAACGGCUCGCUGGUGAGCGCACGGUCCGCUGAAGGCUUUGGAGGGCGUGAGCGAGACCUCUGUCGUGACCGUCGACGCAACCUGGACACGGAGUCCACGGACAAUGCAGCCAACAGUCGGCUGGAAAGCGGCUGCCAUGGCAACCUGCACAAGACCUUCUCUGACGACACUCACAAUUUUUCGUCGUCCUUGAGUAGCAAGGCGCUCCUGCCGAAGGAGAACAGUGUGGUGCGAUCCUUGCUGCACAAAACAAGGUCCUACCAGGACCACCUGUGCUCCGUUGAUGUCACUCUGGAGGGACCCGUGUGCCUGGAGGCUAUGACCAAGGAGGAACUGCUUCUCUUGUGGAAGACGUCUGAGCUGGAUCUCAGCAGAAAACUAGACAAGGCUUUGAGAGAGAAGGCGAGACUGGAGAAGAAGUUGGCGCUGUUACAAUACAAGCAGUCACCAGUGUGAGCGAGCACGUGGACAGUCCUUCGGCUUUUCCUCAGCCCUCGGCAUAGUCACGUGUCAUGGAUGGGCCGCGUGCAGACGUGACGAGGUGACAGCCAUGCCUCAUAAGGCAGUCAUAUCUUGCUGAUGACGCACAAGUUACCUAUUGAUGACCUGAGUCCCUCAACCCAGAAGCAUCGUGAAAAGCAAUCUGAACGUCUCGGUUCAGCUCGGCUCGGCUAGCCCCAUCACCCGCCCUCGAUGGAUACUCCCGACCAGCCUUAUCCGUCUAGACAAAGUGUUCGAGUUUGGAAGUGUUUAUGUGUCAAAGAGUUUCAGUGUUCGGCUAGUGGAUUGGUUAUCUUGAAGAGCUUCUGCGGGUAUGGGGUUCAACUUUGUUUCCUUGCUUGUAUAGGUCCAGCGACUUUCUUCUUUUAAGCACUCGGCAACAGCUGAGUGAGUUUCAACGGGUAAAGUAAGAUUCCGUGGCUGAUAUAAUGGUCGUCUUUGUUCAAGUCUGUGAGAGAUCAAGCAAGCUGAAUGUUACAUUUUUUGUCUGCCACAGAAAAAUUAAAGAUUUUGACUCCACAAGGUGUGGCUAAAAGUCUAUCACUCGUCAAGGUACACCAUUGUUUUCUUGCUAGUUUUUAGCCUUUUAGAUGUUGGUCUUACGACUGUUGAGCAGCUGCUCAGACAAAGUGUUGAUGUAACUUGUCUGUUUCCAUCACAACACGCAAAUUAAAGAAUAAUCUGGUUAAUUCUUGGAUUGCUCUACUAAGAUGAAGAUGUAAAUGGCAUUUUAUGUGCGUUUUUAAAGCUAAGGGUUGAUAGUGUGGGGACAUUUCUUGGAGAGGGGAACAUUUCCCCUAUCAUUGAACUCCAGAGACAGACUGUUUGUUCUUUGAAAGUAAAUGUGUGUUUGUGUGUGUGUGUGGACUCUUGAUGUGAGUUUUCUGUGUGAGACCGACUGUCUGAGAUGAAAGCAGAUGUAAGCCAUGUAUAUAUGCAUGUCUGCUGACAGAUUGUAGUGAAAGUGGAUGGUGGUCACCUAGGACUAGACCUCAUGUGUAAUAGUACGAUUCCAACAACAUAGUGUAGCGCCCGUCAUUUUGUCCACAAAUAUUGUAUUAGCCGUUUAACAGUUAACUACAUCAAUAUAGGAACUACUUACAUUCAUUUUGUGUUUUAAAAAUCUCUCUCGGCUUAGGUCAUGACUCACAACAUGUGGAUGAUGUUGUCUUUGGUCUUGUGAGGAUGUUCAUAUCAGGAGGCCUUUCAAGUUCUUUAUGAACGAAUUCACGUUUUGAUUACAAUGGAUAAGAUAAGCAUAUUCCUAUAAAACUUUUUCGUUUUUGUAAGGCCUUCUUAAAUGUUGCAUGAAGUCCCAAAUAUUUUAUAUUAUUUUUGGUAUGCUGUACUUUGAGUUCUUUCUUUCAAAUUUAUCCAAACGAAAAGCGUUAACCGUUGUUGUUUUUUAAAUAUCUGGUGAUUUCCAUGGUCUUUUUAUCCUCCAAUGUGUGUGUUCCUGAGAUGUCUAUAUUUCUUGACAAGAUUUAUGUUUACGGACGAUGUGAGACGAGUACAAUGAAGAAUACUUUGUGUGGUUUGAGAGUCCACAAGGCAAGGCUCAUAACUGAUUUAUACCAGUGAGUUGUCGUUCGUGCUUUGAGAAAGUCUCCCCGUUUGGUCUGGAAUUGACUCAAGUGACAGACGGCUUAAGUGAAGAAAGAUUUUAAACAUUUGGAAAGAUCAUACCGCCCUCCACAUUCUCCAUUUGAAUAGCUAGCUAUCUGUUUGUGUAUCUGUCUAUCUUUCUAUUUAUCUGUCUCUCCCUCUAUUUGUUGCUACAUGUGAGCAUUAAGAAAAGAAUACACGCAUCCUUAGAACGCAGACACACACUUUAUACAAACAAAAACAAGGUUGAAGACAGUUUAACAAAAUUGUACAAUUAUUUGGCGACUUCUCAAAACAGAGUUUUUCCCUGGGAACCUAUUUCAGCUGUGACAGAUGAAUAAGAUGGAAGGAAGGAAAUAAGGAAUAAUUUCAAUGUUCGGGGGUGGUAAUAGAGCAGAUUAGAUGAGUAUAGUUGUCUAAUGUCUGUGCAUAGGAUCUUCAGGUGUUCAAACGGGAUGAUGACGAAGCAACAGCGCAUAAAGACGAAGACGGAAAAUGUCUUCCAAUAUUUUUUAUCAAGCAAAUAAUGUUAUGGUUUCAGAAUUUAAAAAAAUCAGUGGGAUUCAUGAUGACUGUGUGUGUCAUGAAUGGAGGUUGUGUGAGGAGCACGGCUUGGAGGAAGGGGUUGGCUUCUGGAUAUACUAUAUACUAAAUGUUUUGUGAUGUUUACAUGUGAUGUAACAUAAGCUCAGUAGCAGAGGAAGGAACUACAGAAUAGUGCUUGUCUACCACAAACAUCGGGAUGUUUAGAAUCUUUCUUCCUCUGUUUCUUUCUAACCUGUCAAUAACAAAAUCUGUUCUUUCUUUCUUUUAUAUAUUUUCGAUAUGAUUGCCUUUCUGGCUGACUGCAAAAGGAGUGACAAAGCAUCCAACUUCUUUCUGCUUUUAAUUGUUGCUUUUGUUCAGUCACCUCGAAAAUUCUCUACUUACAACCACGUUUACUACUGUACUUGUAAAGGUUAAAGGUUCUGUCACAGUUUGAAAACGAUAAAGCUAGUGAUGUUCCAUAUGAAGAGCAAGGAUCUUCAUUGCUUGUACACACGGAAUAGGGAGAUAAAAUAUGGGUCAAAGGUCAAGGCGUUGCCUUUUUUCUAAUGUCUGUUUUAAACAUAUUUCCAGUUCAUGUUGUUAAGCUCGCCCUAAAAUCUUGUUCCCGUCGUAAGCUUCGACCUCAAGCUUUCUGUAAUGACUAUGAUCAUAAAAUAGGAUCGCUUUUUGGAGUAGAAAAACUUCCCUCACUUGCUCUUUUUUUAUUUUCUAACACCACAAAUACUUCACUCUAACAGCUAACAUCUUCGCCUUUUAUAAAGCACAUUACUAAUAUAAAUGUUAAUUUGGCAUUUGUUAAUCGUCUCACUAACAUGUUUGAAGACUACUGUUAUGUAUGAAACAAUAAAUAUUAAUCUCAGACAUUUUAAUUCUGAUAGGAUCAAGAGCAGAGUGGCAGAGCUUGUAAGUUUGCUAAGUAUUAGAAGUGAAGACAUAUUACUCCACCUUUUAUAAAUAUUUAACAUGUGCAUCUGAAACUGAGUCUGAAAUUUUGAACCACUUUUUCUGCCAUCAGUAGAACUUUGUGUUAAGCUGCUGGAAAGUUUCCCACCAUAAGAAGGCUUCGUUCAAACUAAAAUUUCAAAAAAUGGAGGAAUGAAAGUGCUCUUGCCAACUAUUUUUUGCUUGCACAUAAAGAUAUUAUUCAGCAGCAUUAAUGAAAGUGUAAGACUGUGAGGUCCAGCUUGCAAUCUGAGUGUGUAUGUAGGUGUGUGUGUGUAAGUAUAUCUGUGUGUAUCUAUCUGUGUGUUUUGUGAGUGUGUGUGUGUGUGGAGGGUGGGAAGAGAGUGUUUGUGUCAACAUCUGUUCUCCCGGUGUAGGUCAAUGCAUCUCUGAAUACACGGCUAUCAAUGAAUGUAUGAAUGAACAGAGAAUGUAUUGUGCAUCAAUCCUAAAUCCUCCAUAAAGUCUCCCCUCCUCUCUCUCUCUCUGGAGAAAAAGACAAAUUUCCUGUUCAAUAAACGUUUGUUUGUGAAUUGACUCCAAAGUUAAAUGAAAAUGAAGUAAAAGGAAGACAGAAAUUCUGGAAAAGCAUAAGAAAUUUUCAUUUUGAUGUAUUAGUAGAGCUUCUGGCAAGGGAGAGGGAAGGAUGGAGUGAAAGACUCUGCAGCUGCAGCUUCUCUCUGCACAUGUCCCUGUGUCCUUCAAUUUCUCCGAUGCAACUAAUGAACUAAUGUCCCGAGUGCCAAUUAAUGAAAUGCAGUUUUGUGGGUAAAUUGUUUCCUGAAAUGGUGGAAUAAAUUUACAAAUUCCCUUUCCUCUCAUUUUCUUUUUGUCGUUUAUCUUUCCUUUUGCUUUUUUUUCUCCUUGUCAAUGUAAAAAGAAAACCGCGGUCUUGUCCAUGACAUACAUUAUUCUUCUCAAAAAGUGUUUAUACUCUUUAAAGAGUGUUUGCUGAAAUAUCACAUUCUAUCGAACGUUACUUGUUUCUCCAUUUUUUUUUCCUCACAUUGAUAUCAAACCUUUGUUAUUGUUUUGAUAUGUAGUAAUAACUAGUUUUAACAUAGGAAUUCUGUUAACUAUUAUGGUUCAGCCAUCAUCAUGGUAACACUAUCUUUGCAACAUUUUGUGACAUUUGUGUUUACAAACAAAACAAGUUAAAGAAGCCGUAUCUUGGGGAGUAUUUUGAGAUUAAUUAAUUAACUCAAAAUAAAUCUUACAGUGUUGACAGCAUUCUAUCAUGUAGAGGAUGGAGUGGUUAUUUUGUUCCCCUCACCCUCAAACUAAAGGGAAUUAUCUGGAGUAAUUCAAAAAGGUCCAGUGUAGGCCAGACUCCCUACUAAUGUAUUCCUUGUCUAGACACCCGAGUGAGGUGAAGGGGGUACAAUUGGGCAUAUGGUGUCUUACAUCCCACUUGACCUUUCUCAGUCGCAGAGAUGUCCAAGGGGUACUUAGACUGUCUGAAAAGGUUGCCAACUGUCCUGUUAGCAAACAUGUGGUAAAUCCUGGACAAAAAAAGGAAAGAUAUGAGAUGGUUUAGCAAAAACAUCCGGACUACUGCCAGCGAGAAAAAAUGGCGGGGUGAUAGGUCAUAGGUCAUAAUCUUCCACACUAUGAUAACAGUGAUGUUUGACCUAUGAUCCGUGGGUUGAUAUCCACAUUAUGGAUGCCCUUUGCACUUACAGGCUAGAUUUGUGCAGGUGAUAGGGCUGAAGGCGACUUCUGAGUAAUUUAAAUGGAAUAUUAGUCACAGAAAAACUUGGUUGUGCUUUAAGCUUUUAUUAAUAGUAUGCAACCGACAAAAUUUGCGAGCCCCUAUUUAAAACAAGAAAAAUGUUAAAUAGGAAGUAUUUAAAUUGAUAUGAAACACAGAUGACACUGAUACAACAUCUCAGAAGGGAUCUCAUUUAUAUAGAAUUGUUAGUAGGAUAGAGUCCAGCAUAGUCAUAGGAGUGUGUCAAGUGUCUAAUUAAGGAAUAGAACCCCACAAAGAAAAGAUAAAAUUCAAUUGUUUAACUCUCCUUUAUACCCCAUUGUUUUGAGAUCGAGACUUUUUGGGUGAAACGCCUGAAAUAUUUGGUUUGUUUGAUUUUGGCGGCUGACUGUUAAACUGUGAAAUGUUUUCAUCGUCAACAUCGUCUUGGAGGCGACACGGAGGGCGCUGGCUAAUGGAGCCCCACUCUGACGCAGUUUGAAAUGUUUCAGCAAAAAACAUGAUUAUUUUCAUGAAACCCAUGUUCGUUUUUAGCAGAUUUAACUGACAGUUUGCCACAAUAAAACACGUUACCUCACUUCGCAGUG